UCUUUCAUUAUGUUAUCGCAGAUUUGUGAGAUUUGGCUGUUAUUUCUAGCAUGUGGAUAGCCUGCUUGAAGGCCAAUGCCUUAGAAUUGGGGAGGGGCUGUUGGGUCCCCCCCCAUAUAUAUCCAUUUCCCUGAAAGUCAUGAGGAAAAAAUCGGAUCUUGUGAAUUUUCCGGAAUUCCUCUCCCUGCACCCAGAGUAUCUGCUGAGAUCAGUAUGAGUGAAUUUUUGAUUUUAGAGCCAUUAUCAAUAUCAUCUGUGAGCAACUAAUGGCAGAUAUACUACACUAAUGUAAUCCAGUUCAUUUAAAACUAUGGUGUUUUAUGAUGAAAUAUUUCUCCUGAAUUGAGAUUAAAAUCAAAAUUUCUCAGCUUCCCUCUCUGGAAUAUAUAUAAGACAGUUUUGCAUUCUUAUUACACUUUGAUAAAUUUACAAAAGGAGUUUUAUUCAGAUGGCAGUAAAAAUUAGUUGAUGGAAAUAUAGCAGUAGAAAUAUUUUUAGGAACAAACUCUACAAAUCAAGACAAUAAAAAUAUCUUACAUUGAGAUGAAGGAAAAAAAAUUCCCUGAAAAGUAAAUAUUUGAGAAAUUGGAAGGAUCGAUUUUUUUUUUUUCUGAAGAGAUGCCAAAAAUGUUAGGAGAAACAUUAUACCACUGUGAUAUCUGUAACAAGUCAUUCUUAUAUAAAUGUAACCUCACUACACACAAACGAAUUCAUACAGGAGAGAGACCAUAUCACUGUGAUAUUUGUGGUAAAUCAUUCUCACACAGAAAUAGCCUAACUAAUCACAAACGUUUUCAUUUAGGAGAAAAGCCAUAUCACUGCAAUAUCUGUGGCAAAUCAUUUUGUGAGGCUGGUAACUUAACUAAACACAAACACAUUCAUACUGGAGAGAAACCAUAUCACUGUAACAUUUGUGGUAAUUCGUUCUCUCAUAUUAGUACCUUAACUAAUCACAAACGUACUCAUACAGGAGACAGGCCAUAUAACUGUGAGAUCUGUGGCAAAUCAUUCUCUCACAGAAAUAGUUUAACUAACCAUAAACGGUUUCAUUCUGGAGAAAAACCAUAUCUCUGUGAUAUCUGUGGUAAAUCAUUCUCUGAAACAGGUAACUUAUCUAUACACAAGCGUAUUCAUACUGGAGAGAAACCACAUCAUUGUCAUAUCUGUGGUAAAUCAUUCUCUCAUAAACCAUAUCAGUGUGAUAUCUGUGGUAAAUCAUUCUCUCAUGUAGGUACUUUGACCCAGCACAAACAUACACACACAGGAGAGAAACCAUAUCAGUGUGAUAUCUGUGGUAAAUCAUUCUCUUAUAUAAGUACAUUGACUCAGCACAAACUUAAUCAUACAGGGGAGAAGCCAUAUCAUUGUGAUAUCUGUGGUAAAUCAUUCUCUCAAUUAGGUAACUUAAGUGCACACAUGUAUGUUCAUGCACAAGAGAAACACUAUCAUUGUGAUAUCUGUGGUAAAUCUUUCUCCCAGAGAGGUAGCUUAAUUGUACAUAUCCGUAUUCAUACAGGGGAGAAACCAUAUCAUUGUGGUAUUUGUGAUAAAUCAUUCUCCCAUGCUUGUAGCUUAACAAAGCACAAACAUACCCAUACAGGAGAAAAACCAUAUCACUGUGACAUUUGUAGUAAAUCUUUCUCACAGCAUAAUCACUUAACUACUCACAAACGAUCUCACACAGGAGAGAAGCCAUGUCUCUGUGAUAUCUGCGGGAAGUCAUUCGCUCGCAUAGUUACCUUAACUAAGCACAAACGUACUCAUACAGGUGAGAAACCAUAUCUCUGUGAUAUCUGUGGCAAAUCCUUCUCUGAGACAGGUAACUUAACUAUACACAAACGUAUUCAUACUGGUGAGAAACCAUAUCACUGUGGUAUUUGUAGUAAAUCAUUCUCUCAAAAAACUCACUUAUGUUCACAUGUAUGUAUUCAUACAGAAUAGUAACUGCUUUUAUGUAAAAGAUCUCUCACUGUCAACUUUAAGGUUGUACCCUGUUAAAUUUAGAGUUUAGCUUCUGACCUGUUCAUAUUGGGUUUCUAAACAGAAAUACCUAAUAAAAUCAA